AACUCGACUAAAAACUUGAUCCGAUGUCGCCGAGUGCACGCAUCGCACGAACCCAUCCAUGAUCAAGCACCAACAGCGAGCGGCGACACCACCAGUGUGACAGGAAUUUGCUCAGAUUCCUAGGCGCUGCGAUCGUUCCUCGCGCAUGAAGGUGUGAUCUUCCAACGGACAAGGGCAUGCUGCAUGUCUCCCGAUAUUCUGCCGCCACAUUUCCUCUGUGCAGCCAUCGAAAUGACGUGAGACUUUCUGCGACGAGAUCACCGGAUAACAUCCGGAUUUGGAUCUGCAAAAGGCGAUGGGAAUGAUGGCGCAGGCUGACGUUGCACGAGGAGCGCAGCCAUGGCGCCUGGAGCGGCGGAUCGACGAUGUUAACGAUAGACUUCGUGCGCUGGCCCUCAAGAACUACCACGUGUUCGUUCAAAACCAACAGUGCGCCCAAGUGGUGACGACAGAGCUUCAAUCGCUUAGCGAGAACGUCACGAUGGUGCAAUCGUCGUUGCCGGAAUUGGUCGCACAAAGCAAGACAAUGGACACGACUGCACAGGAGGCCGCAAAGAAUAAUGCCGAGAUUCAGUAUGUGUUGAGCCAGUAUGCCAGCAUCAUGAACCUGCUUGAGAUCCCGCACCUGAUCGACGGCUGCAUUGCCAACGACCUUGCCGAGGAUGCGUUGGAAACGAUCCAGUUUGCGAAGAAACUCCUCGAGCAAACGUACGUCACGUCAGCGCAGCAGCAUACGACCUGCCAUGGCCCCUCGACCAUCGUUCGCACCUUGGUUGCCGAAGUCAAGCGUUCGACGUUGUCACUGCGGGCGAAACUCGUUGAAAAGUUGAGAGGAGAGCUGCCGCUGGCGAAGUGUUUGCAUUUGGUUGCGUACUUACGGCGCGUGGACGGGCUGUGGUCGCCGCUUCCCAUCGACUACGAUGACCAGCUGAAGCAGGAGUUUUUGGAGUGUCGGGAUGCAUGGCUGUCCAAGACGAUUCAGACCAUUCCCACUUCGGACUCAUACAAUUAUCUCAUGCAAGUCGUGGAUGCGAAGCGGUCGAGUUGGUUCGACUUGAUCACGCAAUUCUCCGCUAUAUUUGGCCACCAGGAAGUGCAUGGUCGCGCGGACGCCGCCCUCAGUGCGUGGGCCUUGCGGACGGUGUCGGAUUUGAUGCGACUUCUGGAAACGGUGCUGCCGAACAUUGUGGAACUGAGCGCGAUUGCCAACAUAAUGGAGCAAGUGCUCUUCUUUGGCGGGUCGCUGGGCCGCGUCGGGGUCGACUUUCGAGGCAUUGUUCUUGUGAUUUUUCAAGCACACCUUAUGACGCGACUGACUGCCCAGUGGACCGAUGCUGUCGCCGACUUUGAAUCGGCUUUGGGUCUGGCAAAUAGUGCGCAUGGCUCGCGCACCCAAACCAUCACGACCCCCCUCAUGAUCCAUUCAUUUCGGAAUCUUCCACAGCCGCCUCCAGGUGACCAGCAUGGUGUGAGCUCGUCCAUCGACAUGGAAGAAUCGUAAAGCCAUGCAACCAACUGAUGUGCACGUGCGCAAUUCUCGUAGACUCGUCGGUCGCCCCCCAGUCCAUCAUGGCCUUCCCAGCCCUUGCGCAGCUCACGAACGGAUUCCUGACAUCCUUCAACGAUUUACGGCUGUGCGCAUUAAUGUCCAUCCGGUAUCGUCUGUCGCUGCACCUGCAGCACGUCAUGACGCGAGUCGUCGAAGCGCUGUGUAAAUUCUGCCACCAGCACGCGGUGGCCCCCACGGAAGCGUCCAUGGACACUGCUGCAGUCGGCAAAUUGCCCAUGGAGUUUCAAGUGUUGAAACUGGCACAGGUGCUUGAUGAAUGAUUAAGUCUGAGCUGGCGACUCGACGAGGAAUUCUACGACUGUCGUAGGUGCUGCACACGGACUGGAUCCCGUACGUUGUGGGCUGUUUCGAGAAACUCUUCACCCAGCAAACGGCAUCGCCCUUGCCAACUGCUCUCAACCCGGAUGCGUUGGAAGCGCAAAUGCGGGCCGCCAACCUGCUUCCUUCGGCACCGCAUGCUGCUUUGAGCGAUGUAGUGCCCACCUCUCCUAUCGUUCCGGGAGGCACUGGAAACUCGUCCAUCCCUCACGGAGUGUCCAUGGAACGGCCUUAAAAUAGAAAUGCAAAACUGUGGAGGUACUUUUUUUCAAUACACGUCGUCCAACCUCCAAGCAAUCGCACGAUGGCAUCGGCAUGGAGUGACGGACCACAGCACGAAACGAGCCUGCCUCGCCGCAAGAAAUCGCUCGAGUUGGUGCUGGACGACGAAGAUGCUGAAC